AUGGCGUGCAGGCUCACGGCUCUGCCGAGGCCCAACACCGCCCGCUCGCUAUUGCGACUUGGCCGCGCUUCACCUCACCUCGCCGCCAGCACCGCACCGCUACCAUCACCAUCCUCGUGCAGACAGACACCACGUCUCCGCCACCCUGCACGCUGCUUUGUCACUUCUAGCCCAAAGUGUUCCUCGCAUUCCAUAGACAGCUCUUCCGCACAGGCAGACGCACCCACCCACUCGGCCCACCACGGCGCAUUCCACCCCUCGACCCACCGCUGCGGCGAGCUCGACCAGCACCACGCCGGCCAACAAGUCGUACUCGCAGGCUGGCUCGACUCGCUCCGCAUCGUAUCAAAGCACCUCGGAUUCGUCGCCCUCCGCGACCACACGGGCUCAGUACAGCUCGUGCUCCAGGCCGACGGCGACGAACGCCUCGAGGCCCUCAUCGCUUCCACCUCGUCGAUGCCCCUCCAGAGCGUCGUCCUCGCAACGGGUCACGUACAGCUCCGCCCAGAGGCAGAUCGCAACCCCUCGCUCCCCUCUGGAUUCAUCGAGAUCCGUCUCUCGUCGCUCCAGCUCCUCAACCCGGCACGGCGCGACCUCCCCUUCCUCCCCUCCGACUCGCAGCAUGCGGACCGCAUCUCGCCCGAGGUCAGGGCACGCUACCGCUACCUCGACCUCCGCCGAAAGGCCCUUGGCGACAACAUCCGCCUACGCAGCAGGAUCGCACAGUCCAUACGCACCCACCUCUACGACCAGGACUUUCUCGAAAUCGAAACCCCAAUCCUGCUCCGCAGCACGCCCGAGGGCGCAAGAGAGUUUCUCGUACCCACGCGGAUAGCCUCCUCCCCCUCAUCUACAGCAGGCAGUCAGCAACAGCAGCAACGACAUCCCGAACCCAGCUUCUAUGCCCUGCCGCAGUCGCCUCAGCAGCCCAAACAGCUCCUCAUCGCAUCCGGCGUCACCGAUAGAUACUUCCAGAUCGCAAAGUGCUUCCGCGACGAGGAUGGCAGAAAGGACCGCCAGCCAGAGUUUACCCAGAUCGACCUCGAGAUGGGCUUCGUCAGCGGCGGUCCUCCCUCUGCAUCGAAGCACGCGGCGGCGGCAGCCACUGCGGCCGAAGUCGAAGUCGAUGCGAGAGACGCCCAGGGCCAGUGGCGCAUCGGAGGCCACCAGGUGCGCGAUGUCAUUGAAGGACUCAUCGCGCGGAUCUGGGCUGCGGCGGGUAAGGGCAGCCUCGACCAUCUCUACGAGGAUCCGGGGCGGAAGCGGGGCUUCCCCGUGCUCUCCUACUGGACUGCCAUGACCACCUACGGCUCCGACAAGCCUGAUCUGCGGUACGGCCUGCGCAUUUCGGACAUCUCGUCUGGCCUUCGACACCACGAGGACGCCGCCGAAUCGCCGUCGCCAUCCCCGGCCCAGAACGAGGAUGUCGGCGUGGCGCUCGAGAUCCUCCCGCAUCACCAUACUAACGCCGGCAAGCUGUCCAACAAGGAGCUCGAGGGCCUGCUGGCGCCGUUCCGGGGUCAGGUCGAGCGAUUCCGGAUCGCGUCUUGGCACAACACCAACGAACUCGCCGCGCUGCUGCUCAAAAAGAGCCAGAGGGUUCGCCACGCCCUCUCGCACCACCGCGACGGCGAGCUGCAGGCAUCCGAGGUCGACGUGGACCGCCUCUCGAGUCACCUCGCCAAGGUGCUCGCCUCGUCGCGCGCCUCGGAGGGGAUCGCGGCCGACGGCGAUGGCGCGGUCGACGUCUUCGUGUCGACGCGCCCGUCCCCGCCAGAGGGCGGCUCGACGCCGCUGGGCGACCUGCGCAAGUCGCUAGCGUCGCUGCUGAGCUCCAAGGGGCUGCUGAGCGUGUCGAUGAAGCCGCAGUUUGCGUGGAUCACCGAGUUCCCGCUCUUCACGCUGGCCGACGAGGACAAAAACGAGCUGUCGCGUCUCUCUUCGGGCCCAACGGCGGCGGCGGCGGCAGCGGCAGCGGCAGCGGGAGGCGGCGUCGAGACGAGAUGGCAGUCGUCCCACCACCCCUUUACGGCGCCCAUGGCCGAGGACGCCCACGUGCUCGCCAACCGCGCGGGUGGGGUGGAUGCGUCGCGCGUGGGGAGCGUGCGCGGGCAGCACUACGACCUCGUCCUGGACGGGCAGGAGAUUGGAGGCGGCAGCGUCAGGAUCCACGAUGCGGCCAUGCAGCGCCGGGUGUUUGAGGACGUGUUGAAGUUGACGCCCUCGGAGACGUCUAGAUUCUCACACCUCCUGCACGCCCUCUCGUGCGGCGCACCACCGCACGGCGGCAUCGCACUCGGCUUCGACCGGCUGAUGGCCAUCGUGUGUGGCGCCACUUCGAUCCGCGACGUGAUUCCCUUUCCGAAAAUGGGCAGCGGCGUCGAUCCCGUCUUUGGGAGUCCCUCCACCAUCGACGACGAGGCCGGUUCGUCUUCGGACUCGACGACCGAGCUGACUAGGUCGGAUGAGGUGCUCAGGUUGUACGGCCUUCGCCGGCUCUAG